AUGAUCACCUUCCCGGGUAAAAAUACCCGCCCUACCUAUCUCAUCAGGCACUUCUGCAACGCUGAGGAGGGCAUCCAAAAUUACGUCCGCAACCUCACCUCCUCCUACAUCGACACCAGGAAUGAGUCGUCCAUGGUGUCCGCCUCCGUCAUCAUGUUCCUCCUCGUCGGCCUCUCCUUCAACCUCAACCUCUUCAGUCGCUUCUCCGACGUCAGCGCCACCCUCGACCCCAAGGUCCGCAUCUUCCUCUCCUCCGCAUUCUCCCUCUUCCUGCCUGUCAUGUCCUACCUCUUCUCCGAAGCCAAGAACGCCAGCUCCGAUGCUGCGGACAACGGCGGCGACCUCUCGCUACAGGCCGGUAUGAUCCUCCUGUGGAUGCUGCUGGUUGAGCUCCUCCGCAAGAAGGUGGACGAGGUCCGCAUGCACGGCUACUCUAGCAGCAUCCAGCGUGCCGGCCGUGUGGUCUGGCUGGGCAGCCUCGUCUUCUUCAACAUCCGGAGAGCCGGCCGGAAGGCCCUCUUCGGCGUCCUUUGGGUGCUCUGCGCAACAAAGGUGGUGCAGAGGAUCGCCUUCACUGAGAUUGGCAAGCGAUCCUAUGCCUACGGCAAAAACACGCGCCUCAUCACCUCCUACAUGUCACAAAUGCUGCAGAAAAAUGGAUCAAAGCAACCUCAGGACCAGCAAGAGCAACACCAAUAUUGUUCCCCAUCGACCCACAUCGAUGUGGAUUCCUCGGUGGUGACUGAUGUAAACCAUGGUGGUGGAGGUGAGGCCAUGUUGAAGAGGUGCAAGUUCGUCGUCAUGGGUGAAGAGGACUUGGUUAUACAACCUAGUCCAGACGGCUACAAGUUGAAGGAUGUCUCCCCAGACGAUAAUGUCGCCACCGUUGGAAAAAUUUGGUGUAAUGCAUGCAGCAACCUCGAUCAAGGCCCGCGGCUUAAGAGGUUGUGCUUGUCCUUCGGGCUCUUCAAGCUUCUGCGGCGUAGGUUCGAGCACCUCCCGCCAGUGAUUGAUGUGGAUGCCGAGACUCGUGAGUGUCGUGGCUUACUCUUCAAUGGUGUUUACAACGAAAGGACAGAGGAUGCGGCGGAGGCACUCUUCCAGAUGAUGAAUGAUGAGGUGAACUUCCUCUGCGAGUACUACCACUCUGUCAUCCCCGUCGUCCUUGCAAGCCCUUUCUUCUUCCUUGCCAACUACAUCCUACUACCUGUGGUGGUGUCCGGCCUCUGCAUCAUGACCAUCAUCCUCUCUAGCUUUGGCAAUGUGCUCUUUGCCUUAUCUAGCAUCAGGGCGGAUAACUUUGCCAUCUCGGCUGGGGUCAUUAACACCACCAUGUGUCUUCUCAUCGAGGCCUUCUAUUGGCCCCCCGCUUUCUUCACAGCAGUCAACUUUUUCAUCACCUUCUUCCUCUUGGUGAUCUUCUUCUUCGAGGAGAUAUGGGAGUUCAUCAUCUUCCUGUUCUCAGACUGGUUCAUGGUAUCAUUGCUAUGCCACUACGUGACAAAGCCCCAAUGGCAGAGUAGCCCAAUGUACAGUGGCGCUGUUCGUCGCAUCCUAUGGGUACAGAGCAAGCUGAGUCGCCCUAUUCUUAACUUCAAGCAGUUCUCAAUGCUAAACAUCCGGUGGCCACUCGUCCUCAGCAUGCCAUCCAUGUUCUCUCUACUAGUGCAAACGGUGCCUGUGCCAAAAAAAGCAAAGCAUUCCAUCGUUGAAUCCCUCGUGGCACACAUCCGUGAUGGUCGUGAAACCCCUCUCAACAAUGGCAAGUCUGCACUUGUGGGCUGGCCAGAUGAUCUCAUGCCAGCCUGCAGGAGCAACAGCGUCGCGGAGGUCAUUCUCACUUGGCACGUCGCCACCUCCAUCAUGGAGGCCAAGUGCCCUCCGCAGGAUGGUAGACAGAGCAAGGACUCGCACACUGUGGCGACGAGCCUAUCCAGGUACUGUGCCUACCUAGUGGCCUUUCACCCGACGCUCCUCCCUGAAAACCCCGACAAUACGGAGCGUGUCUUCGAGGCAGCCAAGGCGGAACUCAAGGGCGUGCUCGGCUGUGCCAGCUACUACCUCUCGUGGUGGCACACUAGGGUCGAUAAGAUCAUGCAGGCGGUGGUAGAGGUGGCCACAAUGACAGAAUGGAAGGACGGCGAGGUGGUAUUCAAUGCUGCCAAGCUGGGGAUACUGUUGAAGGAAGAAGCUAUGAGGGACAAUGGCGUCGGGUGGGAGCAGACAUGGAAGCUGCUUGCCGACGUCUGGACUGAGCUCGUCGUUUACCUCGCACCGUCAAACCAAGAGGAGCGUGUGAUGGGGCAUGAGAGCGUGCUGGUGCAAGGUGGAGAGUUCAUCACCAUGCUUUGGGCUUUGACCACACACACUGGCAUAACGCGCCCGGAGAAGUAG